CAUUUGUUUCUGCAAAUAAUUCUCAUAGGUCAGUUUCUUUAGGAAUAUCAAAAUUACAUUAAACCAAAUUGUUUAAUGCAAAUUCCUAAAAAUAAGCGACCAUUACUUUUAUACACAAAAAAGUUAAACAGUAAUUGAUGUGGAUGAUAAUUUCUUCUGGUAACCAGUUGAUUUUAUCUUCUUAACUUCAUGCACUGCCCGGUAACUUAGUUGUUGGAAUGAACGCCAAACAAAAAUGUUCAUGCUUAUUGUGAAUGCAAACAAACCAGGUUUUAUUACUUGCGCCCAGAAAUAAAAUGCCAAUGUUCCGAUGUGUUGGUAUUAAAUUUUUCCGAAUAAAUUAAGCUUUUUUUCAGAGUAAAUGCAUCAAUUAAUUAUUUAAAAUUUCCGAGUGCGGUUGUACACAAAAUGUUAUUUAUUGCACAUGGCGCUGUCCAAAUGCGUCACUCAAACUUAGAUAAACUGCAACAAAAAUUACUGUUUAUCACAACGAGUUUUUAAAUUCAGUUUAUUUAAUCCCGUUUCUAUUUGAAGCGUGUCCAAUUCGAAAAUGUUCUGUCGCGUAAAUUUUAUCACUCGUAAAGGAAACGGCGUUGCUACAAGGCUAACGUCCAAUUUUGGCCUAAAAUUAAAUCUGCACGUUGCGGGUAGCGAUGCGAUUAAAAAAUAGCAGCGACGUUCUUGUUUGGAUUUUUCCACCCAAAAUGAUAACUGGUAACACUUUAUCGGUAGGUACUUGAUAAAUUUCGUUUCAAACGAUAAUUUAUCUAAAAUAGUACGUAACCGCUCGUGAAAUUGUCUGCGAAAAUAUCGCAAUUUGCAAAAUUCUUACAUCAAAAUAUAAUCAUCUGCUGUCUAAAAUCCCCGCACACAUGGUCUCAAUGCUUAUCGCAAAAUGCACCCCUUAUCGCUUUUUAUUUCCAAACGUACUUUCAUGUUCGCUAUGAAGCGGUACAUGUGUAUAUUUUCCCAUGUUUACCAAAAUACAAUCUCAAAAUCGAAUAAAGAAUGAAUGCGGAUGUGAUGCAUUCUUUCCAUGAGUGUCUGGAAUCUGUGCAAUAUAAGCAAAUUGAAUUGUGUUUAGUAUCAGUUCCAACUUCGAUGCCGAAGUGAGAAAUAGUGACCCCUUUCAUUAACCGAAAUAUCGGUAUAUAAUAUAAAAAUCUCUUCAAAGCUGACUACUUCCAGGGCUUUUUGUGUAUAUUGCUUAUAUAUUUGUCAAAUGAAAAAGCUCAUACUGGUAUUUUUUAUUUGCGAAACACUCAUAUCGACAUUUGAGCUCGCACGUAACACAGCGUAACUUGAGACUAUUAACACGCGUUCAGGUCUCUUGUCAUCAGACUUCUCAGGUGAACCACUUGCUUAGUAACACACACGAGGUACUCUUGCUGAUUCGCGUUCUUUGCGAAAUUGUUUUGACCCUAUCUUUAUCGUACGAUGGAAUGAUAACAAACAAGAGCAAAAACACACUCUAUAUUCAGUGUACAUCUUUUCUACGUAACUUUGGAUCAUUUUAGCAGUGAAACGGUCACUAGAAGACGAAGAUCAGGUGGUAAUAACGAUGUUCAUUUCGACCGACCACGGUAUUCGCAUCCAAGAUAUCAAGGCCAUCGACGCCGAAUCCAAACUGAUCGGACUGGCGACCCCUUUUAUGGUCGUUCUUAGCAAACACAACAUCGAAAGGGUGGUCAUGAACGAUUUUAACGGUUUGGAGAAGUGCAAUAAGGCGACCAAGGAGGCCAUCUUGGAUUUCAGUUACAAUCUCAGCUUGGGAAAUAUGGACGCCGCGUUCAAGGCGAUCAAGCUCAUUCAGUCGGCUGGAGUUUGGCAGAGUUUGGCGCGAAUGUGCGUUAAAACUAGACGGUUGGAUGUCGCCUCCGUGUGCUUGGGUCACAUGGGCGACGCUAAAGCGGCCCGAGCGCUGAGAUUGGCGGUUGCUGACGCUUCGUUACCGAUAGAAGCUAAAAUAGCGGUUCUUGCAAUACAACUAAACAUGCUGGACGAAGCGGAACAAUUGUACAUGCAGUGCGAACGUUACGACCUGCUGAAUAAAUUCUAUCAGAGCCGCAAUCGAAUGGACGAGGCGCUGAAGGUUGCCGAAAGCAACGAUCGCAUACAUCUGAAAAACACCGAGCACAUGUACGCGCAAAUGCUCGAACAAAAUGGCAACCUUCGCGAAGCUGUCUAUAGGUACGAAAGGGCGAACACGCAUGUACAGGAAAUACCGCGCAUGUUAGUCGAACAACCGGAUCAGCUCGAAGUGUACAUGUCGACUACUACCGAACCAGAACUUCUGAAAUGGUGGGGUCAGUACAUAGAAUCGCAGGGCGAUCUAAACGGCGCACUGAGAACGUACGCCAAAGCGGGCGACAUCUACAAUCAAGUUCGUACGCUCUGCUUUAUGGAGGAAGAAGGUCGUGCCACCGAACUGACGCGCGCGAACACGGAUAAAGCCGCCUUUUACCACAUGGCCCGCCACUACGAAACACUGAACAACAUUAAGCAGUCUGUCGAGUUUUUUAAGAAGGCUAACGCGUAUAGUAACGCGGUGAGACUGUGUAAAGAGAAUAAUAUGGGCGAGGAGCUCUGGAGCAUUGCACUGGUCGCCGGUCGGCAAGAGAAAUUGGAAUGCGCCAGGUACUUUGAGGAAGUCGGAGACGCCGAGAAGGCCAUUAUGUGCUAUCACAGAGCGGGGAUGUUUCACAAGGCCUUGGACCUUGCUUUUAAAUUCGAACAAUUUGACGUGCUGCAACAGGUCGCCGUGAGUUUAGACUGGAACUCCGACCCGGCCCUAAUUAAAAAGUGCGCCGACUUCUUUGUCGCCAACGAACAGUACGACAAAGCCGUUGAUUUGUUAGCCGUGGGGAAACACUAUAUAGACGCCAUUAACAUAUGCCUAAGUCACAACGUGCAACUGACCGAAGAUUUGGUGGAGAAACUUACACCUGAAAAGGAGGCAGUCGACGAGACUACCAAAAACAAAAUAUUAGAAAGUCUGGCCGAAAGUCUCAUGAUUCAGGGCCACUAUCAGUUGGCAACGAAAAAAUUUACCCAAGCAGGAGAUCGGGUACGAGCAAUGAAGGCGCUACUCAAGUCGGGCGACACCGAUAAAAUAAUCUUCUUCGCGGGCGUGUCGAGGCAGCGAGAAAUCUACAUCAUGGCGGCUAAUUAUUUGCAAUCUCUCGAUUGGCAAAACAAACCGGAAGUCUUGCGUAAUAUCAUCACGUUCUACUCCAAGGGUAAGGCUCAAGAUCUACUGGCUAAUUUCUACGUCGCAUGCGCACAGAUCGAAAUCGAUGAAUUUCAAAACUACGAGAAGGCGUACGGAGCGCUUACCGAGGCUUCGCGGUGUCUGACGAAAAUCCCGAAUGCAUCGGUCCAACACGAGAAGGCAUCCGAAGUCGUUAAGAAACGCAUGGUCGCGAUCAAGAGGUUCAUCGACAUACGCCGCUUGUUCGAGAGAGGCGAUAUCGAUAACGCCAUCACGCAGUCGCGGCAGUUUUUGGUAGCGGGCGGGCCCGACUUGGAAGAGUCGGUUAGGCGCGGCGACGUGUACGCUUUAAUGAUACAUCACUACGUAAAAAAUCAGGAGUUUCUCGAGGCCAAGCAGGUUCUAACGGAAUUGCGUCAAGUGCUAUCCAGUUCAGGAAAUGUGCCCAUCACUUACUAUGUAAAUAAGGAAUUAAUAGAGGCCUUAGCGGCCGGGUUGGGCACGACCGUUGGUAUCUUAAUACCUUCGAGUAGCAAGUUGAGGAGCUCAGUAAGUCAAGAUCAGGGCGAGGGGGAAAUUGAAGAGGAAGUUAAUUAGGUUAAGUUGAUUGUGGAACCAAUCCGUCCUUUUAUUAUGUGAUAGUAUUUAUGUUUUUAUCCAAAACGAUUUGUAGGUUAGGAAAAUACAAAUAAAGGUAACACUAAACUCAGUGA